AGGGGUGGGACCCGGAUUUGAGUCGUCUGGAGGUAAUCGGGUGUGUGGCCGGUGGCGGUGAGUGGGACUUCAGCCUUGCUCCUCUCCAUUUCUCCUCUCAUUUGUUCCCCUUCUACACCUGCGGGGUGUUCCAUCCCAACCCCUCUUCUCCGGGAGCCAUGGCCAGUUUGAAACAGCGCUUUCAGAGUUUUCUGGAGGAGAAAAAUGUUAUCACUCAUUUCUUGGCAAAGCUGGAGAAGAAGACGGGGGUCCCGAAGUAUUACUUGGCUACAGGUUCCAUCGCCUUUGUAGGUCUGUAUCUCACAUUCGGCUAUGGCGCCUCUCUCCUCUGCAACCUCAUCGGCUUUGUAUACCCUGCCUAUGCUUCUGUCAAAGCCAUCGAGAGCUCCAACAAGGAAGACGAUACCACGUGGCUGACUUACUGGGUGGUGUAUGGGGUGUUCAGCGUGGCCGAAUUCUUCUCCGACCUCUUUCUCUUCUGGUUCCCCUUCUACUACGUGGGGAAGUGUGCCUUCCUGAUCUGGUGUAUGGCUCCCGUGGCAUGGAAUGGCUCCCAGUUUCUCUACCAUCGGGUUGUCCGCCCUCUCUUCCUCAAGCACCAUGUGGCCGUGGACAGGGUAGCCAGUGACUUGAGCGGCCGGGCCAUUGAUGCUGCAUCCACAGUUACCCGGGAAGCCUCCACGUUGAGCCACCGGCUGCAGAAGAUCAAAUGAGCCUUGUCCCUGCGAUCCAAGACUUGUGGCCCCCGACCCUGCUGGAUCUCUCCGAGCCCGGAGGCUUAAACCAAUCUCGUCGCUGCUGCUGCUGCAUGUCCCCUCCUUUCCCCUCUUUUGUCCUCUCCAUCAUUCCUUUUCACCCAUCCUCUCCAUGUUCUUAAAGAAAAGUUCCCUAAGCACCCCUGAGCCCAGCCCUCCUGGGAUUACAGGGGGAGAGGAGAAGAAAAUGAGGGUCUUCUCUCUCUCUAGUUACUGUCAAGGAGACUAGAUUCCUUGGAGAGGGGGAAGAGAGAAGCUGCUGCUGCUGCUGCUCUGAUGAAGAGGGCUUGAACACCUGCUGAGCCAUCCAUCACCUUUUCUUCUUCCUCCUCUCCAAGGCCCAUAAAAAAUUCCUAUGUGCUCAUCUCCCCCUCCCUGCCCCCCAAGAAGUGUUCCAACUCGGUGGCUGUUCAGGGCGGGGUGACCCCUGCCCACCUUGCAUAUGGAAGUUUCCUUCUUCCUUCAGCCCUGAGGAAGGGCUGACCUUGUUGCCACAGCAGCCAAUCUGGGGCUCUGAGCCGUUGCAUUCCCCAGUACCUGCCCCAUCACUGUCAUCUGUCCCUCUCCCUCAACUGCCCCAGUCUUCCCCCUCCCACUGGCCUCUUCCAUGCCUCUACUACCUUGGACUCAGGCCCCCAGGAAACAUCUAGCUCACAGGACCCAGCAGUGAGUGAGAUGGCUGUUUGAUUUAGGAAUCCCAGCUAGGCCUGAUUUAUAUAUAUAUGUUAAUGUUCUGGAAUGUGCAGGGGGAAUGGCUGAAUAAACUUAAACUGGGGCAGAAUCUGUGAA